AUGGCCUGACCACUGGAGCGGGCUCUGGACACGAUGGUCUCCGCGUUCCACAAGUACUGUGGGAAAGAAGGCGAUAAACUCAAGCUCAAGAGAGCUGAGCUCAAGGAGCUGGUCACGAAGGAGCUGCCCAGCUACCUCAGCAAACAAACCAAUGAAGCCAGCUUCCAAAGGCUCAUGAACAACCUGGAUAGCAACUGGGACAGGAAAAUGGAUUUCCAGGAGUACUUGACCUUCUUGAGCUACAUCAUCACGAUGUGCAAUGAGGACUUCCAGGACUGCCUUGACAAGAUGCCAUGGAAGAUGUGAAGCCCGGCCCUGGAGGCAGCAGGGAACAGACAACCAGAA